UGAAGUGAAUUUUUGAAACAAAGUAUGCUUUUAUGAUCCUUCAAAUUUUGCCGAAGAACUAAAUGGAAAAUCAGUUUCACAAACGAUCUUUUCUCUGGGUUUUUUCAUGGAUUGCAUGAUACCCCGUUUUGUGUUUGAGGGUCGAUUCCAGUGGCCGAAAUUCUAAAGCUGGGUCUUGAUGUUACCUAAUCCAGAGCCGCUAAGGUUAAUCGAUAUAUGGUAAAAAAGAAGUAGCAGAAGAAGAAGAAGAAGAGUGAAAGAAAAUGUAACAGAUCGAAUAAUCAAAUCACUCAAAUCUCGCUGAUAUCAAUAAGAAAUCCCCAGACGAUAUUGAACAGGACAAACCUUACUUGAAAACGUACAAUCGUUGCAUUUGAUGCUUAAAGUACCUUCUCUGCUUAUCCAUUUUCAUCGAUUUAUUUUUGUCUGUAUUUUUUUUUCCCCACAAAGUUCUCUCAUUUUUGCAUUAUACACAUCCCCAUCGAGCCGCUUAAACAGUGAUUCAGUGCCCCUUUCUUUGUCCUUUCUAGUCAGAAAGACCACUAAUUUGUGCCUGCCAACUGUUUGAUAAUUUCCCUCUGUGACUGUUUUAACCUAAGGCUUACUUCCCAUGUUUUAACUUUGACAUCAUUCUAUCACAUUUCUCCUUAUAAAGUCAAAUAAGUUAUUAUACUUUCAUUUGGGGUGUUAAGAACUGCUAUCCUGAAUCUUGGGUCUGUACCUGUAGAGAGAGAGACCUUUGAUUAGUGCCUGCUAUAUGUUUUAUGUUUUGCUCGUGUGACAGUUUGAGCGUAAGACUUUGCUUCUAAUGUUUUAAGUUUGAUAUUGUUCUUCACACUUUCCUAAUAAAGUAAAAAAAAAGGAUUAAAUUAUAAUUUGGGGUGUUAAGAAUUGCUAUCAUGAAUAUUGGGUGAUAGAAAGAAUAUAUGUCAUGUAAGCUUGAUUUAUAGAGAAUGUGGUGGUGACCGGGGGAAACAGGCAAACUUGAGUGUGAUAGUUUGGGUGUGGAUUAAAUCUAACGUCAUUUAUUGCUUAUAAAUUGGGACCUUCCACAACCCAACGGCUCUUGAUUGACCAUCUUUGGUUAUAAGGUAAAUGGAUGGCUGAGAUUGGAUUUAGAGCAGCAUUCUAUUAUCUUCUCAACCUACUAAUCUGUAAAAGGUUGACCCCAUUUGAAGUACCUUAUUUAAUUUAUUAACUAACUCAAUAAAAUUUUCUGCUGGGCUGAAUGUGCUCAGAACCUCAGACAUUGAUGCCUUUUUCCUUCUUUUACAUAAAUAGCCCUCUGUCCCUGGAUCUUUUCUUCUUUAAAUAGGAAUAAAACUAUCAGAGUGAAAUAAAGUCCCUGCAGUCUUGGUAGAUGGUAUUUUUCUUUUCCUUGUGAAUAUUUACAUUGCUUCUGCAGGUAUGACAGAACCUAGAAAAAAAAGGGGUGGCUGUUCUGCUGGGCCCUGCCCUUGUAAGGAUCUCUGUAUGGUUCAUUUAGUGGACUGAUUUGGCAGUGAGUGAAAGAGAGAGGCUGGAUCGUAUUGAAAGGCGACAAAAUCAAAAAAAGAAGAAGAAGAAAAAGGGGAUUUCUACAGCUCAUUUCUUGCACUCUUGCAAUUGUAAGGUUCUCUUCUCUAUGUAUCCAUGGUGAGUUGUCAAAUGAUUUGAGUUGGAGUGGAGUGGAGGGACUUUGCUUUGCUUUUGUUCAGAACUCUUUGAUAAGAAAUUGGAAUCGAUCACUUGUUUCUAACGCAAAAUCUCUCUGCCAGUCCUAAAGCUAGCCCUUGGAAGAGUAAGAAACCAAACAAAAUAAAACAAUAUAUAUAUGUAUGUAUAAAGAUAGAGAGAAAGGCUCUGACUUCUUGUACGGGGAAAUGUGAAUUUGCUUGUUAGGAUUAAAUUUCCACCACCUUCUUAUAACCCAAAUCAUUUUCCAUUUUUUCCAUUCACCAUCUCUUUCCCACCGAAAUCAUCAUUAUCAUUUUGGCUUUUGAAGACAUGAAAGGAACAUACUGGUGUUUUAUAUUCAUUCUGCAAUUAGUCUGUUGGGUUUCUGCUGCGGCCAGAACUUUUGCUCCAAAUCCUGCCCUUCUUCCUCAUAAACAAGGUCUUAUUGAGUCAAAACAGGCUGUUAAAGGUAUUAAAGAAGAAGAAUUCUAUAGAGGGAUGAGGAAAAUAGGGUCAAGUCCCCCCAGCUGUGAGCACAAGUGCUAUGGAUGCAUUCCAUGUGAAGCCAUUCAAGUGCCUACAACCACCAACAGGCGCAGCCAUAUAGGGGUCCAAUACACUAACUAUGAACCUGAGGGAUGGAAAUGCAAGUGUGGCCCUUCCUUUUACAGCCCUUGAUCCUAAAUCUUAAGAGGAAAAAAUAAAUAUGAUAGAAUAAAAAAAAAAUAACCUUCCUUUUUGCCCCAUCACUUGCUUUGCCUUUUCUGCAUCAUUUCCAUCCCAUCCCACUGUAUAGUUCUUAAUUCAAUGUUACUUUUGAAUAUGUAUGAGGUUCAACGUUAGUUUAGAAAAGUAGAUAAUUAAGUUUUCGUCAAAAUAUGAAUUAGGGUAGAGGGAUCGAACUUCUAAUUUGAAGUCGAUAAUAGAAGGUUAUAUAUUUUAGGUGAUUUAUGUUCAUUGUGGUUAAGUUUUUUUUUUUUUUUUUUUUUGAAUAUUUUGUUUAAUUAGGAAAUUUCACUCAUAAAUUUGUUGUUGGUGGAAAAAAAUUGACUUGUUACCUCA